ACUUUGGAAGAAAAUGUGUCACCGAAUCAUAUUCAAGUGCCACAGCAUGUGGAGGGGGCAGAAUAUGUGGAUUUGACAUUGCUUGACUCUUCAAAAAAGUCAUCUGGAGCAGAGAUUAAAUGCAAGUUGGCAUUAGGUUAUGUUGAACAUAUUGUUGCUUAUGCUACUGUUAUGGACUGUGAUGAUGACAAUCAGCUUAUUCAUGGUGCUCCACUUGGGGAUGAUAAUCUGCGUGUUUCUAUCUAUGAGGCGGUUGAGGAGAAAGCAAAGGUCCCAUUUCUGAUUAAAGUUGAAAUCGAAACUGUUAAGCAGGCUAUGGGGAGUUGGGUAGCAUGGCCUAAAGAGCUAAUCAUAAGGUCACUUGUGAAGAAACCUAUCAAGGAUAAUGCUGAGGAGAAAAGGAAAAAGAAAGAGACAGCGGAUGAAGACUCAGAGGUACAAUUUAGCUUGGCGUUAAUGGCACCUACAUUACCAGAAUCAUUGAAGAUGCUAUGUUAGUGGGGUGAAGACAAAUUCAGAGACGGGCGUACCAUCAGCUUCCACUUUGAACCUGAAGUCUUCGGAUAUUCUCGCAAGACCUUUCUAAUGGGAUCAGAUGUUCGGUGACUUGCAAGCAUGAGGGAAGUUAGUGGAACUUGCAUUGCUGUGUACCAAAGUGAUCAUUGGAUGUUGACAAUUGUUGAUCCGGACCAAGGCACUGCCUAUUUUUUGGAUCCUCUGAAAAGACGCUUACCCACCGGAGAUUGGAUGUCCAUAGUG